UACCGAGCGGGACGCUUCAAAUAAAUGCGGAAGUAUGUCCUGUUGGUUCACAGUUCCUCGUUUAAUUGUUUUGUUUUUGCCCUUUAGUUGGGGUUAAAGAAAAGUUAAAAUCGUUAAUGUGGUGCGGAUAACCUGUGACGUAUGUACGUACGAACGGCUCAUGAUUUUAAAGUCUUUGGGUAGGCUGUUCAUUAACAAAUGGAGGAUCUGUACUCAUUGGAAAGGGAGGUGGGUCGAGGCAGCUAUGGUGUCGUCUUUGAGGGCCAUGUGGUCAAAACGGGACAGAGAGUGGCCAUCAAGCGGCUUCCUUGUAGCAACCCUGAGUGCAUUGAACUCUACCUGCAGGAGCUGUGGGCCAUGAGAGCCACAGCCAAGAACCACGUGAAUGUCAUUGCUCUCCACAGCUGCCUCCUGCAGACAGGACCUCGGAGCCUAAAGCCCUUAAGGCCGGCGAAGCUGCCUUUGCGGCUGGUUGAGAGUGUGUUGAAGGGUCGCGUGAUCGGAGCCCCGCCGACUCAAGAAAGCAGUGAGGUUCAGUCUGACGCCAAGAGGAGGAUCAGCUCUGGCUCUCGACUUCAGGACAGGACCAACCAUGUCCAGGCUGGCACCAAGAUCCAGGAAAGGUCAAACUCCUCUGAUUUUGGAACGCCACAAAGACCUCCCAGUAGGCAGAGAAAGAGAUCCGCCCAGAGGGAAGAGGAAGAGCAGCUUGGACCACUACCCUGCUUGGCUCUGUGGCUUGUGAUGGAGUACUGCAACGGAGGAGACCUGAACCAGUACCUGCUCUCCAGGCCCCCGGAUGCCCAGCGUAACCACAGCGUGGUGCUGCAGCUCAGCAGUGCUGUGGCCUUCCUUCAUGGUCUGGGAAUCACCCACAGAGACCUGAAGCCUGACAACGUUCUGGUCUGUGUGACUCCUAAAGGUCCAGUUGUAAAGGUGGCAGAUUUUGGUCUGAGUAAGAUGAGUGAAGGCCCGUGUAGGCAGCACUUCUCCUCCACCUGCGGCUCUGACUUCUACAUGGCUCCGGAGGUGUGGGGCGGCCUGAGCUACACCGCCCAGGCGGACAUCUUCUCGCUCGGCGUGAUGUUCUGGGCCGUGCUGGAGAGAAUCACCUUCUUGGAAGAGGGGACGACUCAUGAGCAGCUGGGUGCCUACGUCUGCAAAGGCCGCUCCGGAUGGCUGAUGCCUCUGGGCGAAGCUCUGUGGGAGAACGCCGACCUCCAGCCGUGCAUACCGAUUAAGUUUAAGAGAGCCCCCCCGCUGCCCCCUCCUCCCGGCCCAGCCAUGUGCACCCUCCUCCUAGACAUGCUGGCCUCGGACCCGGACGCUCGGCCAUCUGCGGACCAGCUGGAGGCCAGAGUGCGCUCUGCCUUGGAAGAGGACUCCCACUGACACUUGUGCACUCAGACGGCGAUGACCACUGCAAUUAGGGGCUCUCAUGGGUGCAGAGGGGGCCGGAUCACAAAUAUGUGAUAAAAAGGGAAUUACGGUGAAGUUGCUGAAUAAAAUCUAGAGCUAAGGGUGUUUGAAAUGUGGGAAACCAUAUUAAGUUAAAUUGGGUUAAAGCAAAACCUCAAACUACGCACAACACAUUUUCUGUUACAAAAACCUCAAAUAGAACAGCGCUCAUUCACUUCUUCAUGUUGGCUCACAAUCUUGUUGUGCUUCAUCGUAAAAAUGAUUUUGCUGCAUUAAGAAUCAUGGAACCCCAAAAAUGUCUUUAAAAAAUAAGCACUUGGAUUUUUUGUGUGUAAAACUUAGAAAGAAGAAGCCAAAGUGAUGCAUAAUAUUUCAACUUUUUUUUAUUUGUUGAGUUGUUUUGCAAUAAUUGUGUAUUUUUUUGUAUGCCCUCAAAGUAGGAUUCAGAAAGGUGUCAAAGGAAGUUGUAGUUUUUUUGUGUGUAGUUUCCAGUGGAAAUGGCUUUGCAGCAGGAAGGCUGCUGUGAUUAAUGGUCAGUGAUGUGCUGCCCUCCUAUCAACAGGAAAUUAAAGCCAGGCAUUAGGAUCGUUGCCGAUCAACUCCACAGCUUUUAUUACAGCUCAUCUGUCUCAGUCACCAACUUCACUUCUAUGUUUUGAGUUUUUGUUUUGUCAUAACCAAAAGUUUAAUAUAAAUAAAGAUGAACUUAUUCUCUAA